ACCAUGCCCAUGGAACGAAGUAACUAACCCAGUCCCUUGACUUGGCUUUCUGGUUCGAUUCGAUGCGAUUCUCGGAGAUGAAGAAGGGCUUGAUGCAUAGCUAUGGCGUUGCUGUGAUUGUGUUGGCUUUGAGUUUGUGUUUGGGUUCAUCAUCGGAGCAAUUAAGUUCACGAGAAUGCGAGAAUCUCGGUUUCACCGGACUCGCCUUGUGCUCCGACUGCAACACUCUCUCCGAGUACGUCAAGGACAAAGAGUUGGUAUCGGAUUGUUUCAAGUGUUGCACCGAAGACUCCAACGAUGCCACUACCAAGGUUACUUACUCUGGAGCUGUGUUGGAAGUCUGCAUGAGGAAACUUGUUUUCUAUCCUGAAGUUGUAAGCUUUAUUGAAGAUGAAAAAGAUCAAUUUCCAUCAGUUAAAGUUCAAUAUGUUUUUAACUCUCCACCAAAGCUAAUUAUGCUGGAUGAUGCGGGUCAGCAAAAAGAAACAAUCAGGAUUGAUAAUUGGAAACGUGAGCAUAUACUGCAGUUCCUCCGAGAGAAGGUGAAGCCUCUGGCUUCUGAUUGAGAGAAUCUUUGACCCAUUCUCUAGCAAGAUCUGGACUGUUCCCAUUUAACAGAAAAAGAGUGGGAGUAUAUACAGUGUGACUUAGACAAGUGAAUUAAACUUGCCCUGGGUUACAAGUGACCUGAAUAACAUCAAAAUCAUCAUGAUUUGGUCAGUUAAGAUAAUUCUGGGUUUUGUGACAAUUGAUUUCAAUACGACGGUUUCCUUUUUCCAGAUUUUAUGGUAGCUGUAAGAUGAUGUAUAAACUGCAGUCUUGUAAUAUUGAAUUGGAGACAAGCAUGUUUCAGUGAUAAUGCGGGAAUAGAUAAUAUAAUUUCUUUUUUU